AUGAACGGGUUUCAAGAUCAGGGCCUCGAUGAGGAUGCUUUUGGGUCUUCAAAGGGGAACAUUGUGUCUAGUUUCGAUGCCUUCCCCAAAACUAAGAAAACGUAUCUCGUCCAAGGUCGCAACUCGUCCGCCUGGACCGUAACCCUCAUUCUCACAUGCAUCUGGCUGGCCUGGACCGAAACCUCGCGCUGGUUUACCGGCACAACAACACAAACAUUCUCAGUUGAGAAGGGUGUCUCACAUGACAUGCAAAUCAACCUCGAUGUCAUCAUCGCUAUGCGCUGCGCCGACCUUCAUGUUAACAUGCAAGACGCAGCUGGGGAUCGCACUCUCGCUGGCGACCUCCUGCGCAAGGAUCCUACAAGCUGGGCCCAAUGGACAGGCAAAAAUGCUGAGAGAGGCGUGCAUGAGCUGAAUCAGGGAAUUGGCGAGGAGUGGAAGGAUGAGCAGGAUGUGCAUGAGCAUCUGGGAAAGAAGCAGAAGAAGAAAUUCGCGAAGACACCGAGGAUCAGAGGCGCGACGGAUAGCUGUAGGAUCUUUGGAAGUCUGGAUGGCAACAAAGUUCAGGGCGACUUCCACAUCACUGCUAGAGGACAUGGAUACAUGGAGUUUGGAGAACACCUGGACCACAACUCAUUCAACUUCUCUCACAUCAUCCGCGAAAUGUCCUUCGGGCCCUACUUUCCUUCCAUGAACAACCCGCUCGACAAUACCAUCGCCCUCACCCCAACUCAAAACGAUCACUUCUACAAGUUUCAGUACUACCUCUCCAUCGUCCCUACUAUUUACACCGACUCGCUCAAGGCACUCAAAGACCUCGACUCUGCCGAUUCUGCUAGCAGCGCCGGUCUGUUCAGUACGCACGCCAUCAAGACAAACCAAUACGCCGUUACUUCUCAAUCACACAAAGUCCCUGAGCAAAGCGUGCCGGGCGUCUUUGUCAAAUUCGACAUCGAGCCGAUUACACUGAGCGUUGUCGAGGAGUGGGGUGGGUUUUGGCCGCUGGUGGUCAGGCUGGUAAACGUCAUCAGUGGAGUCAUGGUUGCCGGUGGAUGGGCCUGGCAAAUGUAUGACCUAGGGCUCGAGUUCUGGGGUAAGAGGGGGAGAAGAGGUGAUGGAAUGGGGAUGUUGGGCACGCCGCAAAUAGAGAAGAAGAGCUGGGACUAG